AUGGCUUUGCAGAAACUUUUGCACAUUCUGGUCCUUGUGAACCUUCUCUUAGCAGAAUCUGGUGCACAAAUUAAUGUGUGUGGCAUCAGUCCUCAAAACCCCAAAAUAGUUGGAGGGGAAGAUGCUUCACCUGCAAGCUGGCCCUGGCAGGUGGAUCUGCAGCUUUGCGGCGCUCAGUGGUGUGGGGGCUCCCUAAUCAACAAAAAGUGGGUGCUGACGGCUGCUCACUGCGUCUCAGGUACCACACCACACAAUUGGACGGUUUCUCUUGGGCGGCUGCAGUGGAGUGUCAAAAACACGGAAACUGAAGAGUCCAGAGAUGUUAUUAAAAUCAUCGUACACCCCAAGUUCAACAAGAAUACCUAUGACAACGACAUUGCACUGCUCAAACUGUCCUCAUCAGUGAAGUUCACAAACUACAUCAGUCCGGUGUGUUUGGCAGCAAGUGGCAGCACGUUCAAAAAUGGCACCUCUAGCUGGGUCACCGGGUGGGGAAAUGUGGAAGAAGGAGUGCCUCUGCCCUCACCUCAAACUCUUCAGGAAGUUGAGGUACCAGUUAUAGGAAACCGACAGUGCAGCUGUUUGCUUGGAAGAAAAAGUAUCACAGACAACAUGGUCUGUGCCGGCCCUCUUCCAGGAGGCAGAGACUCUUGUCAGGGAGACUCAGGAGGUCCAAUGGUGAGUAAGCAAGGCUCACGCUGGAUCCAGUCUGGGGUUGUUAGUUGGGGCGUUGGCUGUGCCCAGCCCAGACUGCCUGGAGUCUACACCAGAGUGUCCCGUUACCAGUCCUGGAUACAGCGCAACAUCAAAUUGAACAAACCAGGCUUUAUCCAGUUCACUUCCCGUGGACGGGAUCCUGACACCACCUUCACCUGUCCUCACCUGGCUUUUUUACACAAAGACGGAUACAGAGCUUUGGACGUGGAGGAGGGAUUUUACACACUUGAAUCAUACUCACAGCUUGAUGUGUGCGGCAUUGCUCCUCAAAACCCCAAAAUAGUUGGUGGUCAAGAUGCCUUACUUGGAAGUUGGCCAUGGCAGGUCAGCCUGAAAAAAUUUGGCAGCCAUUUCUGCGGAGGCUCCCUAAUCAACAAGAACUGGGUGCUAUCUGCUGCUCACUGCGUCAGUGGAUCAAGUCCAUCCAUGUGGCAGGUUUCUCUCGGUCAGCUGCAGCUGCAGGGUGGGAACACAGAUACCCAAGUAUCUGUGGGAAUUGAUGAAAUUACUGCACACCCACAAUAUGACAGUGGGACCUCUGACAAUGACAUUGCACUGCUCAGACUCUCCUCACCAGUGAAGUUCACAAACUACAUCAGACCGGUGUGUUUGGCAGCAAGUGACAGCGCGUUCAAUAAUGGUACUGCCAGCUGGGUUACUGGCUGGGGAAAUACGGCACAGGGAGUGCCUUUACGCCCCCCUCAAACUCUUCAGGAAGUGAAGGUAUCAGUCAUUGGAAACAGACAGUGUAGCUGUUUGUAUGGAUCUGGAGUAAUCACGAACAACAUGAUAUGUGCUGGUGAUCUUUCAGGAGGCAAAGACGCAUGCCAGGGAGACUCAGGCGGUCCGAUGGUGAGUAAGCAAGGUUCACGCUGGAUCCAGUCUGGCGUUGUUAGUUUUGGCAAGAGUUGUGCUCUGCCCAAUCGACCUGGGGUUUACGCCAGAGUGUCCAUUUACCAAUUCUGGAUAAACUCCGUCAUCCAAGAUGAUAAACCAGGCUUUGUCAAGUUCACCUCCAGUGUAAGGGAUCCUGACAGUACCUUCAUCUGUCGACAUCUGCCAUUUUUGCCCAAGUAACAAUAAGUACGACUGUAACUAAUGGCAUUUGUAACAGAGUGAAAGUGAACAGGUGCCAGCAGAUGUCUAGGUCUUUAUUAAAACUACAAAUUUAGGUAAUUCUUAAUGUAGGCAGUAUGUGGCAUCAUGGUUCCUGAAGUACUUAUGUCAAUGUCCUAAUGUUCCUGUUGCUGUGAAUCACUUACAGUGAUUUUAAUAAUUUUUUGUGUGAAAGAAACUCAUUCUAGCAUCACACGAUAGCUUUUUUCUCAAUUUAACUGGCACACUUGUCAGUAUUAAAUUUGAACUUUGCAACAUCUUAUCAUGAACUGUACUUAUAUUUUAGUAAUAGAAAAACGUGUUGUGAGGUAAUUUUUUUAAGUCCAUAUUUACAAAUAUCUUUUUCAUCUUGAAAUCAUCUAGAUAAAAAUCACUUUAAUUGUGUUUUUUGUAUAUUCUUCAAUGUAUUCUUCAAUAUACAAUGUGUUUUGCCAC